AUGCAAGCUGGCUUACCCCGAAAUGUGACUGUCCCAUUCGAGUCUCCUUUAGGAGGAUCGGGAUGUGCCCUGGGGCACGUGGCGGUACCCAGUGCCACCCUGGCUGGUGGCAGCACUCCAGCGGGGGGGACGGAUGACCACAGAUCUGAAACCGAGUCUGGUGGUUAUCAGCAGCAUGCCUCGGGGAUUGCAUAUGAUCAAGUACACAACACAAUUGCUUUGGCUCUUGCAAUCAAAAUAUUUGCUGUGGCAGGAACAUCUGAAGAUAAACAGAAUAGUGCUUCAUCGGUGCCAGCUACAAACCCUCGCUGUGACUCCAACAGGGAGAGGCUCACAAUGAAAGUGAAGAGCUUGUAUGAAGUUACCAGAGGGAUGCUUAUUACCUUUGGGAUUAUAAGCAUUUUUUUUCCAGAAUUUUUGCUUUUUCCCCCUGUUUUUUCUUAUAAGCCCUGGUUUGUUGGAUGGAGUGUUUGCCUCGCCAGUCCCAUUUGGAACGGAACUUUGGAAGCAACUCACCCCAAGCUGCGUUGGCUGAAGGUUACGGAGCAGGCAAAUGCCCGAGGUUUUCCGGGAAUCGGGAAGCGCGACCUGCAAGCUCAGCGAGGGUCAGUAAUGCAGAUCUGCGUGGACAAAGUACAGUGGGAGGCUAGUUUUGCCUUCGGCAUGCUGAGCAUCACAGGCGCCUCAGUGCAAUUUGCUGCUGCCAUUGCAUCUCCUGGCCCAUAUGGCUACCGCUCGCUUACUGGGAUCGCUGGGACCAACUACCUGGGUUACGCAGUCCUGUUCCCCUUUCCCUAUGCUGACUUCCCAAACCUCUGCAAAGACCCAUCUUACGGGUAUGAGUGGUACCGCCUCACCCUGCAAAUACUAGACCUGUGUUUGAGUUUGGCCAUCUUCUGUGCAUUUUUGUGA